AUGGCCGCCGUGAAAUCUGUUGUCGUAAUUUUAGCUCUGGCUUUUGUGGCGUGCAGUGUGUGUGCGGAGAGCAGGAAGCUGGAGGAGAAGAAUGAGGCCGGCAGCGAGGUGCCGGAGUGGUUCUUUGGCGACAACAGUGGCUGGAUCGGUGGAGCUGCCAGUGGUUAUGGAGGAGGGAAAGGGUUUAGCUUUGGACACUCUUUUAGCUUCGGCAAAAGAGUGGGUUUCAGUUAUGGUUCUGGGACUCCUGGCGUUCCUGGACUUCAGAAGCCCGACUGCGUUGGGAAGGGCGGUGGAGGCGGCACGAAGAAGCACCACGAAAAGGGCGAGAAGCCUCAUCACGGGGGUAUUGGAGGAGGUGGCGGAGUUGGGGGAGGAGGUGGUGGAGGCAUCGGUGGCGGCAUUGGUGGAGGUGGUGGUGCCGGAGGAGGUGUUGGGGGUGGAAUUGGAAAGGGAGGUGGUGGAGGCAUCGGUGGCGGUGGCGGCAUUGGUGGGGGCGGUGGUGCCGGAGGAGGUGUAGGCGGUGGAGGAGGCGCUGGGGGUGGAAUUGGAAAAGGAGGUGGAGGAGGGAUCGGAGGGGGUGGAGGUGGCGCUGGAGGAGGUGGUGGAAUUGGUGGAGGCGGAGGUGCUGGAGGAGGAACUGGUGGUGGGAUUGGAAAAGGAGGUGGUGGAGGAAUUGGUGGUGGUGUGGCGGUGGAGGGUUUGGGAAAGGAGGCGGUGUUGGAGGAGGCAUUGGUGGUGGAGGUGGUGCCGGUGGAGGAGUUGGUGGUGGAGCUGGUGGGGGAUUUGGAGGCGGCAUAG